AUGAAUGACUUCCAGGCCCCAAGUGGUAUCAUUGAUCACAUAAGCUUAAGUGAGGCACAAAUUUUGCAUCACCUUAUUAAUUUGGAUGAUUCCCAUUUAUCCAGGAAGCAGAGAAGAGAUGGUUCUUUUCUGGGGACAGCUGAGUUCGAUGACCAACCUGCCUUACUCAGAUUUUUGGACAAAGAGGAGAUAAGAGAAGUAGUCAGAAAUCUUCCUAAGAACAAAGAAAACUCAGCUCCACUAGAGGAAAAUACCACAGGAAAAAGUGAGGCAAAAAAAAGAAAGAUUGCAGAAACUUCAAAUGUUAUCACUGAGUCAUUGCCCUCUGCAGAAUCAGAACCUGUUGAAAUUGAGGUGGAGAUUGCCGAAGGCACAAUUGAAGUGGAAGAUGAAGGCAUCGAAACGUUGGAGGAAGUGGCUUCUGCCAAGCAGUCCAUAAAGUACAUUCAAAGCACAGGUUCCUCUGAUGAAUCCGCCCUGGCACUGUUGGCAGAUAUUACCAGCAAGUACCGUCAAGGUGAUAGAAAAGGGCAGAUAAAAGAAGAAGAUGGUUGUGCAUCUGACCCCACAAGCAAACAGGAACACAUGAAAUCACACUCCACUGAGAGUUUCAAGUGUGAAAUAUGCAAUAAAAGGUAUCUUCGGGAGAGCGCAUGGAAACAGCACCUCAACUGUUACCACCUUGAAGAAGGUGGAGUCAGUAAGAAGCAAAGAACUGGGAAAAAGAUUCACAUAUGUCAAUACUGUGAGAAACAGUUUGACCACUUUGGACAUUUUAAAGAGCAUCUUCGAAAACAUACAGGUAAUUAG